UCUUGUGGUUAUUUGAAAAAGUUCUGAUUUUAUGUUUAAGAUUCUUGAGUUGGGCCUGCAGAACUUUCUUGUUCUGUCUUUGUAGGUGUCAUCUGGCUUUAAUUAUUUCUACUUUCUUUUUUGGGAUUCUGGAGCCUCUUUUAGUCUUUUUUUCAAUAUUUCCCCUUUUUGGAAAUUCUUAUGUUGGACCUUUUCUUUAAGAACUUUUAGAAUUUGUGUGAUUCUUAAGAUUUCUCUCUAUUAUUUUGUAGUUUAUUUUGAGUCUUUUAUAUCUUAUGUUGACCCUGUAUAUCACAUAGGUGAUGACUUUUUAUACAGAGUGGGUGUUAGCUGAAAGAUCAUGAAGAUGAUAGUGGAAAACAUUGAGAAGAAAUUUGAUGCAGAAGAAGUGAUUGAGGAUUUUGAGGUGUUGACUAAAAAUGCUGGAAGAAUUCAAGAAGAGACACUUGAGAAGAUUCUUGAAGAAAAUGGUGGAACUGAGUAUUUGAAGCAAUGGGGGCUGAAUGGAAGAACUGAUGUUGAGAGUUUUAAGGCUUGUGUCCCUAUUGUCACUCACAAAGGAUUGGAACCUUAUAUUCAAAGAAUUGCUGAUGGUGAUCUUUCUCCUAUUCUUACUGGAAAGCCCAUUGAAACUAUCUCCUUGAGUUCUGGUACUACUCAAGGGAAGCCAAAGUUUGUACCUUUCAAUGAUGAAUUAAUGGAGUCCACCAUGCAAAUAUUCAAGACCUCUUUUGCUUUUAGGAACAGAGAAUUUCCAAUUGGGAAUGGGAAGGCUUUGCAGUUUAUUUACAGCAGCAAACAGUUCAAAACAAAGGGUGGUUUGGCAGCUGGAACAGCCACUACCAAUGUGUAUAGAAAUGCACAAUUCAAGAAAACAAUGAAGGCAAUGUCUACCCCAUGUUGUAGUCCUGAUGAAGUAAUAUUUGGUCCUGAUUUUCAACAAUCCUUAUACUGUCACCUUCUCUGUGGUCUCAUUUUCCGCGAUGAAGUUCAAGUUGUUUCGUCUACGUUUGCACAUAGCAUUGUCCAUGCUUUUCGUACUUUUGAACAAGUAUGGGAAGCACUUGUUGUUGACAUAAGAGAAGGAGUCUUAUCUAGCCGAGUCACUGUCCCGUCUAUAAGAUUAGCCAUGUCAAAAUUACUGAAGCCUGAUCCAGAACUGGCUGAUACAAUUUAUAGUAAGUGUGCAAGUUUAAGCAAUUGGUACGGCUUGAUUCCUGAACUCUUCCCGAAUACAAAGUACAUAUACGGUAUCAUGACAGGUUCCAUGGAGCCUUACUUGAAGAAACUGAGGCACUAUGCGGGGGAAUUGCCUCUAUUGAGUGCUGAUUAUGGUUCAUCUGAAGGAUGGGUUGGAGUAAACAUUAACCCGAAACUCCCCCCUGAGAUGGUUACUUAUGCAGUGUUACCAAAUAUUGGUUAUUUCGAAUUCAUUCCUCUCGGGGGAAAUUUCGAUGGAAUGGAACAAGUAAAUGAUCCAGUGGACCUGACUGAAGUUAAACUUGGUGAAGAGUAUGAAGUUGUCUUCACCAAUUUUGCAGGUUUAUAUCGUUAUAGACUAGGUGAUGUGGUCAAGAUAAAAGGAUUCCACAACGGGACUCCAGAACUGCAGUUUGUCUGCAGAAGGAACCUUUUGCUGAGCAUUAACAUAGACAAGAACACUGAGAAAGAUUUACAGCUUGCCGUGGAAGCAGCAGGCAAGCACUUAGGAGACGAAAAACUAGAAGUGGUGGACUUCACGAGCCAUGUCAAUGUCUCAGCUGAUCCAGGGCACUAUGUGAUUUUCUGGGAAUUGAGUGGGGAAGCAACUGAUGAAAUGUUGCAAGAUUGCUGCAACUGUCUGGACAAAUCGUUUGUUGAUGCAGGCUACGUGAGCUCCCGGAAAGUUGGUGCCAUUGGAGCACUUGAGCUGAGGAUUGUGAAGUGGGGAACAUUCCAUAAGAUAUUGGAUCAUUUUGUAGGAUUAGGAGGUGCAGUGAGCCAGUUCAAAACCCCUAGGUGUGUUGGUCCAAAGAAUAGCUCAUUGAUACAAAUACUGUCUAGCAAUGUUGCUAAGAGCUAUUACAGUACAUUUAAAUAAUACUCCCUCCAUCCCAAUUUAUGUGAUGGUUUGUGACUGGGCAUGGAGCUUUAGAAAAAAGGAAGGCUUUUAGAACUUGUGGUUAAAACAAGUCAUAGAUAUUUGUGUAGCUAUAAAUCAUUUCA